AUGAGUGUCUGCCUUCAAAAACGGCAGCAGCUUCCUGCUGCUGCUGCACGGCCUGCGGUGUAUCUGCAUGGUUUUUUGUCCACGAAGCGGCUCUUUCAUGCUGCUGCCGCUGGCACUUACAAAGUAGUGGAGUGCCCGUUAAUGGGGGAUUCGAUCACCGAAGGAACUUUGCAGGAAUGGAAGUACAAUGUGGGCUCCUACGUACCGGAGGGUGCACUGCUUGCAGUUGUGGAAACGGACAAGGUAGCCGUCGAAAUCAAUGCAGCGGCUGCUGGGAAGCUUGCCGAAGUGCAUGCGCAGCCAGGCGAGACGGUUUUUGUGGGGAAGCCCCUAUAUGCAAUCGAUACGACCUCAGCGGCUCCUGCUGCUGAUGAAAACGGCAAACCAAACUCCGACGCACCGCCAUCCGCUGCUUCCAGCACGCCUCCUGAGCCGCUAGCCGCUAUGAAAUCUUUCCCCGCAACGCCUCCUGCUGCUGCUUCUGCUGCACCUGCUGCUGCUUCCUACGGGCAGCCGUCUUCGACCCCUGCUGCUCGCGAGGGUGCCCCUGCACUAGACACCCCAGUGCCAGAUUUGCAGCCUUUGCAGCAGGGACUGAACAGGGUGGAAAGGCGAGUACCCAUGUCACGACUGAGGCAGCGCGUUGCAGUCCGUCUGAAGGAUGCACAAAACACGGCUGCCAUGCUCACCACAUUCAAUGAGUGCGACAUGGGCGCCCUUAUGGCGUUGCGCAAUGAACUGAAUGGAGAAUUUCAAGAAAAACACGGAGUCAAGAUGGGCUUUGUUUCUGCCUUCAUGCUGGCUUCAGCCCUUUCGCUCAAGAAAUACCCUGCUGUGAACGCAGUGAUUCAGGGUAAAGACGUAAUAUACAAAGAAUACGUAGACAUCAGCGUUGCCGUCGCUGCACCUUCAGGUCUUCUUGUGCCUGUCGUGAGAGACUGCCAGGCUAAGGCCUGGCCGCAACUCGAACAGGAGUUGGUGGUGCUCGCGAAGAAAGCAAGAAACAAUCAGAUUGCUCUCGAAGAUAUGGCGGGUGGCACCUUCACCAUCUCCAAUGGUGGAGUCUACGGAAGCAUGAUGGGCACUCCGAUAAUCAAUCCCCCGCAGUCUGCCAUACUUGGCAUGCACGGGGUGACACAGAGGCCAGUGGUUAGAGACAAUCAAAUUGUAAUUCGUCCCAUCAUGUACUUAGCCCUAACGUACGAUCACCGGCUUAUCGAUGGGCGUGAGGCGGUUCUCUUCCUCUGCAGCAUCAGAGACUAUAUCCAGGACCCUAGGAGAAUGCUGUUGGGCCUAUAA